AUGCCUCGGCUCACUCCCCGUCCUGCUCCGUCCUUAAAUCCCAUCCUCCAGCCGGCGUCUACUUCCCAACAUUCCAUCCUCCAGCAAGCGUCCAAUUCCCUGGAUCCCAUCCUCCAGCAGGCCUCCAUUUCCCCGGAUCCCAUCCUCCAGGAGGCAAUUUCCCAAUCUCAAGUCCAGGCACAGGCUGCCCUCCAGGCACAAGCUUUGCUGCAAGCUCAUGCUCAGGCACAUUCGAAUGCUAUCGCUCAAGUGCACGCCUGUGGUCAAGAGUUGGCAUCUCCUUCAAGGCUUCCUGCUGGCCCGGUUUUGCCGUCUGGUGCAUCGUUGUUGCUUCAACAGCUGCCAAAUAAUCCGCCAGCUGCAGGUUUGGCUGCACCAGGUAUGUUUUUUGCCUUUGGCUCGUACGCAACCUGCUGCUUUCGUUGUUGGCCCUGGGUUUCUCCCGGUCCCUGGUAAGACGGUGACGAACAUUAUUUCUGGUCAAUAUAUUGACUUGGCCACACUGUUAGCAAAACCGUUUGACAUGCGGUCUCUUUCGCCUUUAAUUUACAUUGAUGGGCAGGUAGUGGUCUUUCAAGCUUCCAAGCCGGCCCGGCGCCUGACCGAUAUUUCUCAGUGGCUGCAGGCGUUUGCCAUAUACAUGCUUAUUAUGGUUACAUAUUUGCCCAGCCGCGCUGCUGACUUGAUUCGUUACCAGCUUCUCAUUUUACGUAUGUAUACUCAGUUCGGCGGCUUAGCUUGGUACAUUUACGACGAAGCUUUUCGCCGUGACGCCGCAGCACGCCAUGUAGUUGACUGGUCCGGGAUGCAUGUCGAAUUGUACAAUUUUCACACCCUGCCUUUGUUAGCCUGAGCGUUAUCGUGUGUGUACCUGCUUGGUACGAUAUUAUAUAGUUGUUUUUGCUAGCAUUGUUUACCUGGUAAAGGCACUGUUUGUUGCGCAGGGCACUGCUUGUGCCCUGCCAUUGUUAGCUUUAUCAUGUACGUACCUGCUUGGUACAGUUAUCUUGUGCUAGCAUUGUUGCACAAGGCACUGCUUGUGUCCUGUCCUUGUUAGCUUAUAGUGUACCUGCUUGGUACAGUAUAUCGUUGCAUGCGUGUAAAGAUUGUCAAAAUGUCCUUACUUAGCUCAAGUGUGUGUCGGUGUUCUUAUUUAUUUAUUUUUUUCUUCUGUGCGGUACUGGUCGCCCUAGCGUUUUAUUGUUUCUUUGUUUUAGCUCGUCCAACGCUUGGCCUCAAUACUCUGGUUGCUGCCGUAACCCCGCUAGUCCUCGAGGUGUUUACUCGGGAAUUAGCUGCCUAUCCCCUGUCCAAAAGGCGCUAUGUCUUAGAUGGGAUUAGGUUGGGCUUUUGUGUAGGUUGGGAGCCUGAUCGGGUAUCCUUGCGUUCUCGGACGUCUAAUAUGCGCUCUGCCUCUGACCAUCCAGACGUCGUGGAUGCUUACCUGUCUUCAGAGUUAACGGCCAGACGCGUGGCAGGCCCGUUUGCCAGCCCUCCGGUUCCGCUCCUUCAUGUCAGCCCCUUUGGUGUCAUCCCCAAGAAUCACCAGCCUGGCAAGUGGCGCCUUAUCCUAGAUCUGUCCUCGCCGGCUGGUCACAGUGUCAAUGACGGUAUCCCCAAGGAUCCUUACUCGUUGCAUUAUGUGAAGGUUGAUGACGCCAUUCGUGCUUUGGUCGAUAUGGGCCCCGAGGCGCUGAUGGCAAAGUUCGACGUCAAAGCAGCUUACCGUAAUAUCCCGAUACACCCUGAUGAUCGGUACCUCUUAGGUAUGAAAUGGCGUGAUCGUUUCUACGUUGAUCUCGUGUUGCCAUUUGGUUUGCGGUCGGCCCCGUUUAUCUUCAAUUCGGUUGCUGAGGCCGUGGAAUGGAUCUUGGUGCAUAAUUAUGCUGUCAGCCAGCUGUUCCAUUAUUUGGACGAUUUCUUAACCAUGGGUCCUGCCAAUUCGUCCAUUUGUCAAUCCCACAUGGAUAACGCUUUUACCGUGUUUGCCCGCUUGGGUCUCCCUUUGCAUUUGCAAAAGUGCGAGGGCCCGUCCACUGUUUUGGUGUUUCUCGGUAUCGAGUUGGAUUCCGUACAGUAG